AUGAUAGCUGCUUUUAAAAGCUGUUAUUUUGAUUGGCUCUCUCCUGAACUCUCCACACAGGAGCAUAAACACACAUUCUCACUCCCCUCUCCCUCACCUCCCCUCUCUCUCUCUCCCCUCCCUCCCCUCCCUUUUCUCCCUCUCCCUCACCUCCCCUCUCCCUCCCCUCUCCCUCACCUCCCCUCUCCCUCCCCUCUCUCUCCCUCCCCUCUCCCUCACCUCCCCUCUCCCUCCCCUCUCUCUCCCUCCCCUCUCUCUCCCUCCCCUCUCCCUCACCUCCCCUCUCCCUCCCCUCUCUCUCCCUCACCUCCCCUCUCUCCCCUCCCUCCCCUCCCUUUUCUCCCUUCCCUCCCCUCCCUUCACUCUCUUUUAGCCCAGACACAGGAGCGCACGCCGCGGCCCCUUGGAGGAUGA